GUGCGCGUCCUUCCCAGUUCUUCCCUUCGCUCUAUGGGUCUUCUUUGCUGCUGCUGCUGCUGCUGCUGCUGCCGCUGCUAACGCCAUGAUCUUCCUGCUGGCCCUGUUUGCCAGCAUCUUCCAAACAGGAUUCACCGGUGUAAAUGAACGCACCUUCCUGGCCAUUAAGCCAGAUGGGGUACAACGGCAUCUGGUUGGAGAGAUCAUCCGACGCUUCGAGAAGAAGGGCUUCAAACUGGUGGCCAUGAAGCUCAUGCAGGCUUCUGAAGACUUGUUGAAGGAGCAUUACAUCGCCCUCCGUGAGCGUCCUUUCUAUAACCGCCUGGUGAAAUACAUGAGCUCUGGACCUGUUGUGGCCAUGGUUUGGCAGGGACUGGAAGUGGUGAAGACAGCUCGCGUCAUGAUUGGCGAAACUAACCCAGCAGAUUCCAAGCCUGGGACUAUCCGAGGUGACUUCUGCAUUGAAGUUGGCAAGAAUGUGAUCCACGGGAGCGAUUCAGUGGAGAGCGCCCAGCGAGAGAUCUUGCUCUGGUUCCGCACAGAUGAACUGGCUUGCUGGGAAGACAGCACAGAUCACUGGAUUUAUGAGUAAGGCAGAGCAGCUGAAGCCCUGCCCCCUCUGCUGCUGUCACAAAGGCACUGCACAAACCCAUCCAUUCCCUUUCAGCUUAUCUGGGAUCCCCCUGGGUAGCUUUCUUCUUUUGUUGAGUUGGGUGGGGAAGAAAAAGGGCAGGAGUAUUUUAGAUCUGAACGAACAUAUGUCAGUUUAACAGCUAGUAAUUUAAUUCCCUUUCCCCCUGCCUCCCCAGCCCCCAAUUAUAGCCUUUUGGGGGUAAUAUUAGAGAAAUCUGCGCUAUUAAACCAAUAUGGAAAAGCACACACCAAGGGGAUUCCAGUUCUCUUUUCUCACUUUUAGAAUGUAUUUUCAAAGGGCUUCAUUAGUGGUUUUCCUGCUGCCUCCCAAUCCAAGCCUGCAAAGACUACCCCACUAUGUUAGGCCACAGUUUUACUAGCUACAGGGCACAGACCCCCCUUUGCAUUCCUACUCAGCGGAUUGCCUGGGCUUGCAUACUGCUAUCCGCAGCAUCUUUGGGGUUGCAAAGCACCAUGCCUCUGGCCACAAGAGUUUGAUUUCAAACCACGCAGGUGAAAAUAGGCCACCCAACGUAAUUGCAACAUCAGGUGACUGGCGCUUCCUACUUUCCCAACUUUCCGCAUGGGAAGGGUGGGGGAAAUACAGAUCCAGCCUGCUGCCCCUGCUCUUUCCAAAAGGAAACAUCAAAUAAGACAGAAGCAAGGGGAGCUGUGCUGUUUCGCUUUACUUAAGCAGCAGCAAAUACAAACAAUUGCUCGCAGCUAGCAAUAUCCCGAGCUUGAGCAACAGGGCUUAUACAGCUGCUGUUACGUCCUGUGCUCUCUCUAGUGAAUGCAAUUUCUUUUUGGGCAAUGACUUGAAAUGCAGAAUUCACGCUGCUUGUAUCUCAUACCCGCCCCACUUUCUCCAAUAGUCCAGGACAGGCGGGGGGGGGAGCUGCUUUUGUGCAUGUUUUAUCUUAGGGAUGGAAAAUAUUCAGGUCUCCAGAUGUUGGCGCCUCCAUCACUUCUGUUGACCAUGCUGUCUGGGGCUGAUGGGAGUUGGAGUCCAACAACAUUUGGAGGACCACUGCCCACCUGUGUUGUUUUUUAAAAAAAUAUUCACAGCUGACAACUAUUCAGUAGGAACAGAAUGAUGGGAUUUGGGAGCAGAAGCUGGCGUCUCUGGAGGCCUCUGAUAGACUGGAAACAGCCAAAUCCCAUUAAGUUGGGACCUGGCUGAAGAAGUAUUGUUACUAAGCUAUCAUGGUUCCUGUGUUUUCCUCUGGGAUCUUUUAUCCCACUGCAUGUUACUGUUCUUCCAGAUAUUUCCCAAAAGGAGAUUGUUUACAUCUAUAAAUAUGUACAGGGCUACUUUUUAAAUACUGGCUGCAUUUUGCUUUUGUAAAAUAAAUUUUGGGAAAAGGCA